CCCAUUACAAUGGUCAUUCAAAAAAAUAUAAUCUAUCAUUUCAUUGGCAUGUCAUUUCUUUCCUACGGCCAAGUCUAAUAGACCAAACAAACCAAACCAAACUAACUCUCUCCUACUCUUUUCUCCACACCAUCGCCACAUCGUAAACUCCGACGCGCCCUCAGCCACCCAUCCGCCGCCAUGCAAGCUCUCCAAUCCGCCGCCCUCCGCCCCUCUUCCAUAGACCCCCUCCGAUCUCGUCGCAACUCCUCCGUCAUCCCCGGAGGCAAUGCCCGGUCGCCGUCCAGGAGGAUCCCCCUCACAAUCUCCGCGUCCACCCCCGCCGUCUCGGCCCCCAAGCGCGAGACGGACCCCAAGAAGCGUGUGGUUAUCACGGGGAUGGGCCUCGUGUCGGUCUUCGGGAACGACGUGGACGCGUACUACGAGAAGCUGCUCGCCGGCGAGAGCGGCAUCACCCACAUCGACCGGUUCGACGCCUCAAAAUUCCCCACGCGGUUCGGCGGGCAGAUUAGGGGGUUCAGGUCCGAGGGCUACAUUGACGGUAAAAAUGACCGGAGAUUGGACGAUUGUUUGAGAUACUGCAUUGUUGCGGGGAAGAAGGCUCUUGAAGGUGCGGAUCUCGGGGGUGAUAAGCUCAACCAGAUUGACAAGAUUCGAGCUGGUGUCCUUGUGGGCACAGGAAUGGGCGGACUUACUGUAUUUUCAGAUGGUGUCCAGGCUCUGAUAGAGAAGGGAUACAGAAAAAUCACUCCAUUCUUUAUCCCUUAUGCUAUAACAAACAUGGGAUCGGCCUUGCUCGCAAUUGAUCUCGGCCUAAUGGGGCCGAAUUAUUCAAUUUCAACUGCUUGUGCCACCUCAAAUUACUGCUUCUACGCGGCUGCAAACCACAUUCGUAGGGGUGAAGCUGAUUUGAUGAUUGCCGGAGGGACUGAAGCGGCCAUUAUUCCUAUUGGAUUGGGAGGUUUUGUUGCUUGCAGGGCUUUGUCUCAAAGAAAUGAUGACCCGAAAACUGCUUCUAGACCUUGGGACAAAGAACGAGAUGGUUUUGUUAUGGGCGAAGGUGCUGGAGUCUUGGUUAUGGAAAGCCUAGAAUAUGCAAUGAAAAGAGGCGCACCAAUAAUUGCAGAGUAUUUGGGAGGUGCAGUAAAUUGCGAUGCUUAUCACAUGACCGAUCCCAGAGCAGAUGGACUCGGUGUCUCUUCAUGUAUUCAGAGUGCCCUUGAAGAUGCUGGUGUUUCCCCAGAGGAGGUCAACUACAUUAAUGCCCAUGCAACUUCCACCAUAGUGGGAGACCUAGCCGAGGUAAAUGCCAUUAAGAAGGUAUUCAAGAACACCUCAGAGAUAAAAAUCAACGCAACUAAGUUAAUUGAUUUGCUUCAGGUUUUUAGUUUUGGACAAGAUGCCUUGCUUGUGCAUGUGCACUCACCAUUUCACUUACUCACUCAGGCCUCAAUGAUAGGACACUGCCUUGGUGCUGCUGGUGGUUUGGAAGCUAUUGCUACAGUGAAAGCCAUAACAACAGGAUGGCUUCAUCCCACAAUAAAUCAGUUUAACCCAGAGCCUUCUGUUGAGUUCGACACCGUUGCAAAUAAAAAGCAGGAGCAUGAAGUCAAUGUUGCUUUUGGUUUGAGAACUGUUCCCAUUUCUAUGCAAUUGUCUGCAGCUGCUUUAGGUGUGAAAUGCAUCAGUUUUGCUUCACUUCUUCUACCAGCUGAGCAAUUUCCUCCGCCUCCGGCCGCCGCCGUGGCUGACGUAAGCAUCAUGGCGACGCGUAGGUCUACGCGGUCCACAACCUCCUCUGCGGCUUCUCCUUCUACCCAAACUGAUGGUAAAUUUUCCCUAAAAGCGAAGCCUGUGAAAACUAGAAAAUCUGAGCUGAAGGCCAAAGCCGCUGCGAAAAAAAGGGCGGCGAAAAUCGACGCCAUUAAACCUAAGAAGCCCCCGACUGCAUUCUUCUACUUUUUGGAGGAUUUUCGUAAGGAGUACAAGGAGAAAAAUCCAGAUAUUAAGUCGAUGUGUGAUAUCGGUAAAGCAUGUGGAGAGAAGUGGAAAACAAUGACAUAUGAGGAAAAGGUGCAAUACUAUGAUAUUGCCACGGAAAAACGAGCUGAAUUCGAUCUUGCUAUGGCAAACUUCAUCAAACGAAAGGCCCAAGGACAAGGGAAAAAAGGUGGUGGCCGGCUGAGGAAGAAGAGAAAACCCAGAAAAGCGGCGAAUGAGGUGGCGGCAAUAACAAUGUCGACGGCUAAUUUAAUGGACAUCGACAUAAGCCGGCUGAACAAAACCAUUCUGUGCUAUGCCGAAACUAUUUACAGGUUUAACGGCCUUUGGGAAGGACCCGAUCCUCUCACGCCCCUCAUCUCUCUCUUCCUCAUCCAGCUCACCUUCUCCAUGAGCUUCAUUCAUCUUCUCGUUUACGCAUUGAAGCCUUUCAACCAACCGCCUUUCGUCGCCGAGCUUCUCGGCGGCAUACUGUUGGGUCCUUCCGCGUUCGGCCGCAUCACGACCUUCCGGAAGCUUCUCUUCCCCAACUACUCCUUCAAGGUCUUGGAGCCCAUGGCCCACCUCUCCAUCACCCUCUACGCUUUCCUCGUCGGUCUCAAGAUGGACGUGAAGGCCAUUCUCCGACUCGGCCCAAAGUCGACUAAAGUCUCUGUGGCCACAAUCUCCGUACCCUUCUCCGUUGGCUGCGGCCUCUUCUUCCUCUUCGCCGGAGAUCGUGACCAGUGGCUCGGCUGCCUCUUCUGGGGCUCCGCCUUAGCAUCCACCGGCUUUAGCAUCCUCACAAGAAUCCUCGACCGCCAACAAAUCCUCCACACCGAGGCCGGGAAAACCGCCGCCUCGUCCGCCCUCGUGGCCGACAUAUCCACGUGGGCCCUACUCGCCCUUUCCCUAGCGGCCACGAGCUCUCGGAACAACAUCCAUUGGUCAAUCAUAAGCACCACCGCUUUCGUCCUCCUAUGCGUCUACUACGUUCGGCCCGCGCUCGGAUGGGCCAUUCAAAAGACUCCCGAGGGCCAAGGUUAUAGCGAGUUCUACAUAUGCUCAGUUCUUGCGGGGAUGUUUGUUAGCGGCGUGUUGACCGAUGUUUUCGGGACGCACCCGAUGAUAGGGGCGUUUGUGUUCGGGCUCGUGAUACCGAACGAGGUGCUCGAGGCCACGAUUGCCGACAAGUUGGAGGAUUUCGUGGUGGGGAUUUUGUUGCCGGUUUACUUUGUGGUGUGUGGGCUGCGGACGAACGUGGAUGCGGUCUCGACGGGGACUUCGUGGGCGGUGGUCGGGUCGGUCGUGGUGGUGGCGUGCGCGGUCAAGGCGUUCGGGGCGUUGCUCGUCGCGGCGUUCUCCGAGCUUCCGGUCGACGAGGCGCUUGCCGUGGGCUUGCUGACCAACGCCAAGAGCGUCAUGGCGCUCGUCGUUCUCGAAACAGGGCAAAUACAAGGGGUGAGGAAUAUCAUUGAAAAAUCUUUUCAGCAUCUUUACAUUUAG